AUGUCAUUUUAUAACACAAAUACCAAUUAUUCUCCAUCUUUUAAUCAAUUGUCACCACCACUACCACCACCACCACAACAACAACAACAACAAUUUUCAGGACAUCUGUCAUCUCCUAUGAAAAGAAAUAACACAUUCAAAUCAAAACUAAAAUCAUUGAAAAAUGAAUUACACGAAGCAAUGACACUGACUACUAUUACUACUACUACUAAACCACCAUUACACGAAGCAAUGACACUGACUACUAUUACUACUACUACUAAACCACCAUUACUGCCAUGGUCAAGACCACCAACUAGAUCAAAUUCAACAUCUUCAUAUCGUUCACCUUUUUCAUCUAUAAAGUUAUCAAAUGGUAAUAAUACAGGAAAAUCCUCAGGGUUUUCUUCUUGUCAAACAUCUCCUCAAUCUUUAUCUUUGUCAUCUACAAAAAAUGAUAAUAAUAAUAAUAAUAAUAAUAAUGGUAUAAUCACUGAUGUUUUUCAAGCAUCAAGAUCCAGAUCGAUUUCAUUACCAAUUUCAAAAUUUAAAUCACCCACCACUAUAAUAGCGACAGUAACAAAUUCUAGUACCACUACUACUAAUACUACUAAUACUAACUCACCAUGUUCAAUAUCAUAUACUUCGUUAGAUUAUGAUUAUGAUUAUGAUAAUUUAUUUGAAUUUAAUUCACCAACAUCUAGUUAUGAUCCUAAUUUCAAAAAUGAAAAAUUAACUACUAAUACAAUUGAUGAUUUGGGUAAAGAAGAGAAAUUUUUAUUACCUCCUUUACCAUCUUCAGCUACAACAUUAACACCAAAAAUAUCUUCACCUGGAAAACUUAACAAUAACAAUAACAAUAACAAUAACAAUAACAAUAACAAUUUAGACAAGAAUGAAAUGGAUAAACAACAAAUUGAUCUACUGUUGCCAUCAACUCCUUCAAAUAAUAAUUCCAAAAAAUAUCAAAACAUCACUUCAUCACAACAACUACUAUCAUAUGAGAAUAAUCACAACCAUUCAAAUUUAAUAGAUUUUGAUAAUAACAAUACUAAGAAUGAUGAGGAAUUAGUUGCUGUUGAUAGAUUGGCUUGUUCGAUUUUGUCUCUGGUUGGUAAAAACACUAAUAAUCAAAACAUUGAAUGGAAUAUUUAG